AUGGAUAGUUUACCAUUUGUGUAUCGUGCGAACAGAAAUGCAUGGAUGAACUCUGAAUUUUUUAAAGAAUGGCUGAAGGGUUUGGACACACAGUUACAACACCUGUCGAGAAAAGUGCUGCUUCUUGACAGUUGUGACGCAUGUCCUCAUUUAAAUUGCUUGAAGAACAUCCAACUGGAAUUUGUACCUCCCAGAACCACAGCUUUAGUUCAGUCAAUGGACAUGGAUAUCAUCAAAAAUUUGAAAACCCUUUAUCAUGCAAGGUUGGUUAAUUACAUCCUUGAAGCAAUUGAAGAACGUUUCCAGACCUCAUCGUCAAAGGUCAGCAUCUUACAAGCAGUUACAUUUGUGGCCGACAGCUGGCGAAAAGUGAGCAGUGAGACAAUUCAGAACUGUUUUCCUCACUGUGGCUUUAAGCACUUGGGUUUGGAGAUGGAUGUAGACAUGCUCAUUAAAAGUGAAAAUGAUGACGGGCAUGUGGAACUUCAACCGAUACAAAAUUGCGAAUAA